CAGGACUGACGGGACAGUAGAUUUACUGACACUGAGAGGACAGCUACGGCAUUGGAGAUACAUUACUUCCACGACCUCGUAUAAAAAAGUGAAAUAACAGUGAUUUAUUCUACUUUAUCUCUUCAUUAUCAAGCUUUGUCAUUCCUCAUAUUCGAUGAGGUGGAACUGAUAGCAUGCAGCCGAGGGACAAAACAUUGUAAAUAGCAACAGUGCGCUCAGGACAGGAGGAGGUUCAAAAGAUUGAGGACCAAAACAAUCUGAACAACAAAACCAACAGUGAUGGCUGCAGAGAAUAACUUCCCUCCAAUACCAGGGUUCAUCCCCCUGCAGCCAUGUUUCUACCAGGACUUUGAUGAGGAGAUCCCUGAACAGCAUCGCACCAUGUGCAAGAGACUCUACCACCUGUGGAUCUUGCAUGCAAUCACCCUGGCUGUGAAUCUGGUGGGCUGCUUUGUGUGGAUGCUGGGUGGAGGGGGCGUGACAAAUUUUGGCAUGGCCAUCAUAUGGUUGAUUCUCUUCACCCCCUGCUCCUAUGUGUGUUGGUUCAGGCCCAUUUACAAGGCCUUCAAGACGGACAGCUCGUUCAACUUCAUGGCGUUCUUCUUUGUGUUCAUGGCCCAGGUGGGCAUCAGUAUUAUCCAGUGCAUAGGGAUCCCAGGCUGGGGAAACUGCGGCUGGCUGGCGACCAUCUCUUUCUUCAGCUACAACCUUUGGAUCGCCUUGCUGAUGCUCAUCCCCACCCUCUUUUUCACUGCCACGGCAACGCUGUCCUUCAUCGCCCUCACCAAGGUCCAUAACUUCUACCGUGGCAGCGGGGGAAGCAUAGGCAAGGCUCAGGAGGAGUGGACCACAGGGGCCUGGAAGAACCCCCACAUCCAGCAGGCAGCGCAGCAGGCAGCUAUGGGAGCCGCCACGGGGGCCAUGAUGCCGGAUCAGCAGUACUCCAGCAACACCCCACAGUACAAUGACAACCAGAUGUAGGGGAUAAAGUGGAGGGAGGGACACAUGUCAAAACAUGAGCAGGAGUUUGGUAUCUGUUUAUCCCAUCCCCCAAAAAUGUGUCUUCAUCACAGCAGCUCUUUCUAUGGCCAUGGGUCUUCAACCUUUUUUUGCCCCGGGAUCCCCUCCCAGGCAAACCGGCAACCCGGCAAUCAUACUUUAGCAAUUUUUUUCUUCUCACAUGUCGUCUUAGCAUCAAGUGAAUGAUAAUGGCAAGGAGAAGUAAUCAACAUUAUUUUUUUUUUAUUAUAGAUUUGGUAGAUCGUUUUUCAUUAUUUUAAUUGGGAAAGGAAGUGUAAACUCUAACAUAGUCUAUUAGCUAGAAAGGUAACUCCCGCAUUUUGUUUUAGCUAAAAGCAGCUGUUUAGCUGGUUAAACAAAGGUUACCCAUAUGUUUGCAAAAAUGUAUGUCUAUGUCAAGAAAGCUUACCAGCAGCCAGCGCCUACAGUAUGUCAGAUACUUCAGUGUCAGCUGGUUAUUGGCUCCAGUGACUGUAAUUUUCUCAAUAUUAGGAGUUAAGAAACAAUGUUGACAUCAUUAGAAAGAAGAUAUUCUCCUCUUUCUGCUGUAAUCAUUGAUUCUGUUGUUGCUAGCGAUAUACCCCUGCUAUAGGGCACUACACUACCACACUAUACCAGCUGACUCUGAACACCCACAACGUAAAGACAGUUCAUGUUCUCAGCAUCUCCAUUGAAUUACAGUAUCCGGUUUCUACUGUGUGAUGUCAUAUUUCUGCUUCUGCGGCUUUGUUUUGACGUGUCACAUCAAAGAUGUGUCCCUAUCUUAUAUCACUGUGUUAGCAGGGCCCUGUGGCCACAUGCACACAGCACCAACUCUGCUUGUCAGAGCUCAUUCUGAUCACCCACUAUCCUCUCCUCAAUGCUCUUCGGGGAGGGGGGGGUGAUGGUUUUUGGUAGCCUCCUCCUGCUCAUGACUUGUAAAGUCCUGUUCAUGAUACAGUAUUUCAAUUAUAUAUUUGUUUGUUUUAUACACUAAGUUACUGGACUCUAGGUUUUGUCGUGAAUAAAUGUAUUCUUACAUGGAAGAGAGCUAUGUAAGACUGUGUUUGAGUGCAGUACCUUUUUUUAUCUACAGAAAUGUCAAAGCGUAUAAAAUCUUUUUAUCACAGAAAGUAGCACAGAGAUAACUUUAAUAUUUUACCAGGCGUGUUUAUGUACUGUAGGAGAUAGCUUAUUUGUGGUAUAAAUAUGUAUUUUAAGAAUGUAUUCUUCAUUAAGUGAAUGCCAGCUGAUUGAACAAAAAGGGCUCUCCUCUAAGCCAUCAGGGUGCUUUGUGAUUCUCAGGUAAAGCAAAGCUAUAAACACUGGACAGAUACUGUGAACCUUUUCCCUUUAUGUCCAUGUGUGUGUUUUUGAUAGCUUAUAUAAUAUGUAUUUAAAAUGAAACCAUAGUCCUGUUGCCUCAGGGAUAUUAGUUUUAUUUGAUUCAUUCUGUAACUUGAAAAAGGUAUUACUGUGAGCUAAAGAAGGCCAGUAUGUACUGUAGUUACAGUACAUGGAGAUGUGUAGAAGUGCGCUCUUUUAUCUUAUUUAUCAUUUAUUUUAACCCUUUAAACUUGAUAUUAGAGCAGCACUCAACUACUGAAUGUGUGAACGACCUCAAAAAGUCAGUAUCCCACAUUUUACUGCAGACAUCUGAAUUUCAAUACAAUUGAAAGAAGCAAUAACUUGCUGUUUUGAUCCUAUUCGUAGUAUGCGCUACCUUUGAUUUAAUACUGAGGAGGUAGCGAGAUUUGGAACUCCACUCCCUUUGAGUUUGGCCUGGACGUUGGCGUUGGUGUCCCUGGGGCUCACUGUCUACGUUGAUAUCUUUCAUCAGGCUAGCUCAGAGGCUGUUUUAAAUGUAGAGCUAACCGUGUGCUCCCAGCUCCCAGGCCUGAGCUGAAAGAUCACAGGCCAGUUGCAUUGUCAUUAUCCACAGUCAUGGAAAUGGGACUUUCUUCUUAUAGUCUGAGAAGUAAUGAAUGCAUACCAAAACACGGAACUCUUUUUAGGGGACUAUUGUACAAUAUGUCUUUAGAGCAAGGAUUUCCAAGCCUGUUCCUGGAGAGCGCUACCGUCCUGUAGGUUUUCGCUCCGGUCCUAACCUAGCGCACCUGAUUCUAAUAAUUAGCUGGUUGAUCAUCUGAAUCAGGUAAAUUACAACUGCGGUUGGAAGGAAAACCUACGGGAGGGUAUCUCCAGGAACAGGGUUGGAGAGCCCAGCUUUAGAUAUACGUGACAUCUAACGUAAAUUAAUCAAUUUCAGCUAUAAAUUAAUUGCUAGGAUUUCACUUUUGUUUCUUGUUAUGUAAUUGUUUUGUAUUGAAUGUCUGCAUGUCUUAUAGGGUGCUCUUUUUAAAAACGUGUUCUUAAUGUCUUGUCUGUGGUAGACAAUGUUAGACAGCAAUGUUGUAUUGUAUGUCUUGUUGUAUGGUUGUUUGACCACAGAGGGGCGCCAAUGGUUCCUUUUAUUUGUUUGAGAGAAAAUCCCUGAUAUACAAGCUGCCUGCGCUCAGUCGUCUGUCUAUUCAUACAGUAGACUUUAAGUCUAUAGCUUAGUCACUAUUCAGUCAACAGCUCAAUGGUUCCUCCUGUUCCCAGGUAGUAGCUACAUGUGACCAGGAAGGAAGGGACAGAUAGCCUUACAUCUAAGUGGGCUCCAGUCAGCCUCAGCCUGGCUCAUACUGCCCUCCUGCCACCUCUCUCUCACAGGACAGAUGGCUGAGCAGGCGGUCCCUGUGAACACAUUACAGUGUGCUCUAUGCUGUAGGGGAAAGAGAGACGUUUAUGGAGCAAUAUGGGUGCCACUUUCUCUGGGGUUGUAGGGGUUUGAAAAUGACCUACAUGGGCUCGUGUUGAGGGAAGGAGAGAGAGAGAGAGAGCAGUGGAAAAACAGUGUUCCCCAGUUGGUCAUUAGUUCAUGUUCUAGCUAGAUCACUAACCUGGCCUAAUCUAUAUAUAACAAGGCUUCUUAACCCCUCAAGUAGCUGUAUUCAACAUUAUUACAGUAUGCACAUUUAGAGAAAUCCCCCAAACCUAUACUUCUUUUCUCUCCUACAUCUAAAAGGAAUCAGCUAUGUACUCAGUGUAGGAACUGUGGUGUAAACUAUGCAGAUAACCCUUGACUAUGGAAGGGAUGUGUUUGCAAGUACAGUUGUUUGGGCUUCAAUUAGCCUGCGGCUGAUGUAAAGAUGUGUAGAGCACUGUUAGCUUAAACUGUGAUAUAAUCAGUAUUCAAUUAGCUCCAUCUCUGCAGUAAUCAAGCAGAAGCAUUGACCAAAGUGUUCCCCUGGUACACAUUCAUGUGCAACCACCACAGCUCAUACCAGCAGAUGCUGUUGCUUCUUUGUCAUGUCCAUGUUAUUAAAUGUGUGGGAGAUCAUUGUACCAGUGGGAUAUCCUCCUUAUGCCGAUCAUGUGAUCAUUAUGUGGUCAUCUCGGAGAGGCAACGCGACAGUAUUCUGAAGCACAGUUAGAAGGGGACUUUUAUUCUAAAGUGCAAAUGUUUUAGACUUAAUUGUUACCUACAUUUAAAAAAUAAAAUUUGUCUUGUCAUUUUA